CAAAGGAGACAACAUUUCACCAAUACGAAAAUCAUUUUGUUAACGCAGUUUAUGGAAACAAUCUCUGUUUGCACCGAUAAUCAUACAAAACACGAAACUGCAGACUUUAUAGAUUGCGAGGCAGGUGGGACAGAUAUUUACCACUUGGCUUCAAAUGGUUUAACACUACUGGUGACAUCUGUUGGAUCCAAUUUGUACCAGCUACAUUCUUAUGAGUCCUAAUUGCUUCCAAGCAACCUUGAGCGAACAGCCUUCAUGUCAAAACUCACGAAGAUUACGUAAGAAACGUGUUCCGCUGUAAGCAGUUCAGUACGAAUGAAACAUCAUUAUCGUGCGUGUUUUAACGUUAUCAGUGUAAUGAAUUUUCUGUUUGAAUGAAGAUAAAUCAGAACUUUUAUAUCUUCAGUAUAUAAGUGCGAAACAUCCAGCAAGCAAGAAAGGGAUUUUCAGACAUAUUCUAGUUGGAUCUUUCGCCCAAAGUCAAAAUGCUGGAAACAUUUGGUCCAUUUCUCCUUGAAGCUGGAGUCCUGGUACUCGCCGCCCUAGCAGCAAUAUAUAUUUACAUCAAAUCGUCAUUUUCUUACUGGACCAAACUUGGAAUUCCUGUCUACAAACCAGUAGUUCCAUUCGGAAACUUUGGACCUAUAAUAAUGAAGAACACCGGAGUUCUACCAGAAAUUACGAAACUUUAUAAAGCAUUUGAGGGUCACAGACUUGGAGGUCUGUAUGGAUUCGGUUACAAAUUUCUUCUCGUCCGAGAACCUGACCUUAUCAGAGAUAUAAUCGUAAAGGAUUUCAUUCAUUUCCAUGACCGUGGAGUAUUUAUGAGCGAAGGUGGAGACCCAUUAGAUCUUCAUUUGUUCUCAAUGACCGGAGCAAAAUGGAGAAAGCUCAGAGUUAAGCUUACGCCGACAUUCACAUCUGGAAAGAUGAAAAUGAUGUUUGGAACACUCGUGGAUUGUGGAAAAGGACUCAACGCCGUUCUUCAGAAGUCGGCGAAAAUGGGUGAAACGCUAGAGGUCAAAGAUAUUCUAGCACGAUUUUCUACAGACGUUAUAGCAUCCUGCGCUUUUGGAAUUCAGUGUAACUGUCUGAGAAAUCCGAACGCUGAAUUUCGUACCUGGGGACGAAAAGUUUUUGAAACAACAUUCAAGACGAAGAUUUUUAGAUUACUGAACAUCAUAAUUCCAGGCUUCAUAAAGUAUUUUGGGUUGUCACUCAUUCCAUCAGAUGUCAGUAACUACUUCAGGAAAAUGGUGAGAGAAACAGUGGACUAUCGCGAGAGAAACGGCAUUCAGCGAAAUGAUUUCAUGCAUCUGCUGAUACAACUCAAGAACAAAACAAUGACUACGACCGAUGAGGACGCGUUUAAGUGUGGUCACUCGGAGUUGGAUGCUGAGGAUAGCAAAGAAUUUGAAAUAACAAUGGAUGUAAUAGCGGCACAAGCUUUUGUGUUCUUUAUCGCUGGGUUCGAGACGUCAUCAACCACAAUGACUUUCUGCCUGUACGAACUGGCGCUGAAUCCAGAUAUCCAGGAGCGACUCCGGGCUGAAAUCGAUACAGUGCUGGAGAAACAUGACGGAAACAUCAGCUACGAGUCAAUAUCUGAAAUGGAAUACUUGGACAAGGUCGUAAGUGAAACGCUGCGAAAGUACCCACCAGUGCAGGCAUUGGUCAGAAUGUGCACCAAACCGUACCGAAUUCCUGGGACUAAUGCCACUUUAGAGAAAGGAAUUCGAGUGUUCGUACCUAUUAUGGGCUUACAUCACGACCAGAAGUACUAUCCUGACCCAGAGCGUUUUGAUCCGGAGCGCUUCAGUGACAAGGAAAAGAGCAAACGACCUCAGUACUCCUACCUCCCCUUCGGGGAAGGGCCCAGGAUCUGUAUAGGAAUGAGAUUCGGACUAAUGCAGACUAAGGUUGGGCUCGUCAGUCUGCUGUCCAACUACGAAUUUCGGGUGUCGGAGAAAACCCCGGAAAAAGUCGUGAUGGAUCCCAGAAGCUUCAUCCUGUCUCCUCUUGGAGGGUUGUAUCUCAAGAUUACAGACAGAAGCGAUAGAAUGUAGUGGAACCUCCUUUUCACACCUCACUUUAAAACCAGUAUUUUUUUUGUACCAUCAGGUCGGUGACAUUAUGAACAAGUUCCCUCUGAUAGGGACCUGUUCAUAUGUUUCCUAGACAGAUGAUCCAGAAGUGGUUUGCCGUUGCCUUCUUCUGUGUGCUUAAUGUCAAAUGAUGAUGAAAAUGGAGUA